AGCCGCAUGCCUGGAAGCGCCAGCCCCACUCGUCCUUCGUCCUCUCAGCGUCAACUGCAAGGACUCGCAGAUGACUGCAUGGUUGUCGCAGGUCCGCGACUCGCUUCUGAACCUUGGAAGACACGGUGCGGGAUACGCCGUUUGUAAAUACCCGCGAAAAUGCCGAACACUUAGCUGAACCUGCAGCUUCCAACUCGACUUAAGGUGACUGAAUGAAGGAUGGACACUGUGGAAGUCAACGACCCGACAGAGUCAACACGAGGGCAAACAGACCAGGAGUCAUCACCAAAGAUGAACGAGGGGAGGUCUGUGACUGGCUGUUUCCGUUGAGGAUUUCACAAUAACAAGUCAAAGGCUGAUUCUGUGGGGAGACAACUGCAGUGAUAUUCCUGGUGGAAAUUACAGCAUGCAGUCACAAGUGCUGCCUUCUUUCUACACCUUCAGCUGCAGCAGGCUGUUAUUUUUGUCCGUUGCGCCGCUGAAGUUGACAAACAAGUGAAUCUUGCUGCAACAUGUCGCUACCGAAGCGCAGGAAAUCGAGGACCUUUGCUCUGCUGGCUUGUGUCAUUACGUUCACAACAUUCUUGUUCAGUUACACCUUCAGAGAUCCAUCGCUAUACUUCUUCAAGUACGCCUUCCAUUUAUCAGAAUCUGCAAGAGGUUUUUGUGCCUGUGAACAGUGCAUGACGGCGCUGGAGGACGACCCCUGGUUCACGGAGCGCUUCAAUCUAUCCAUCCAGCCUCUCAUGACCAGGGAGAACAGCGCCCUCACAGAUGAAACCUUUAAAUGGUGGCAGUGGUUGCAAUCAGAGAAAGAGCCGGCCAACUUCAGUGACGUGGUGGACGAGCUGUUCCACGUCAUCCCAGAUGAGCUUCUCUACAUGGACGCAAGCCCAGAUCGCUGCAGGAGGUGCGCGGUGGUGGGAAACUCUGGAAACCUGAAGGGAUCGCACUAUGGUGGCAUCAUAGACUCCAGUCACUUUAUUAUAAGAAUGAAUCAAGCUCCGACCUCAGGGUUUGAAGAAGAUGUGGGCGCUAGAACCACUCACCAUGUCAUGUAUCCCGAAAGUGCCAUAGACCUGGACAACAGCACCAGCCUGGUCUUGAUCCCCUUUAAGACCCUGGACCUGCAGUGGAUCAUAAGUGCCCUGACCACUGGAGCCAUUAAGCAGACGUACAUUCCAGUUAUUCCCCGGAUAAAGGCAAAUAAGGAUAAGGUUCUUAUUUAUAGUCCUACAUUCUUCAAAUAUGUCUACGAGUCGUGGCUUGAAGGACACGGCAGAUAUCCAUCCACCGGCUUCCUCAGUCUCCUGCUCGCUAUUCACAUAUGUGACGAGGUCAGCGUGUUUGGAUUUGGCGCGGACCAGUAUGGAAACUGGCACCACUACUGGGAAGAUAACCACUUGGCCGGAGCGUUCCGACAUACGGGAGUUCAUGAUGGAGACUAUGAAUACAACGUGACCCUGCUGCUGGCCGACAAACACAAAAUACGUAUCUUUAAGGGCAGAUGAUGAAAGUGCAAGUAGCAGGUGAUUCAGCGGCCUGUCCUGCAUGUUCCAUCUGGCCUGGGCUAAGAGGCAACUCUCCUCAUGAAGCCAGAUCAUGAGCAGGACUGUGGUGCUGGCCGUCUGUGCUGCAGGCCAACUGCUGGUAAAAAUAAUACACUGGUGGUUUGUCUAAAAGACAAACGUCUGAAUGUUGGAACACAUCCGUUCAUACACCACCUUUGUGUUAACUCACAAUGUAAUAUCAGUGUGUUCCACUUUUUCCCUGUUGUGUUACAAUGAAUGUACUGUGCUUGUGCACACAAACUGGAGACAUUUGAACGGAAGCAACCAGGAGACCAGAGAAGCAUUUGUGGUGCAAGUGUGAGUCUGGGAAUGAAUUAUUGUUUAAACCAUUUAUCAUACAUGAACAUAUAUGAACCGAGACGCUUUUAGUAUCCAUGGAUCUGGUUCUUCUGUUUGUGAUCCAGGAAUGACAAGGCCUUGUCACUUUUCAGUGGACUGUGGAUCAAAGAAUCAAAACAAAAAAUAUUACAGUUUUGCAUUAAUCAACUCAAAGUGUGUCUUUCAUCAGUGAGAUCCCUCACUGUUCUUGAAUGUUCUUCAAACAAGCCGCACACACUUGCGCUCACACAACUACACUCUUCAGACAUUUGACAGAUGUGUUGAUUUUUUUUUUUUAUCACUGCUAUUCUUAGGACAAAAAGGAAGUACAAUUUGAAAUGAAAAAGAAUUUGUCUGAAUAAAGUGAAAUUUACAAAAAUGGGGAGCUGUCUUCGCUUCAAUACCAAAACUAGAUCACUGACGGGGGAGGAGCGAGGGGUAGAAAUGCCCCCUGCCCCUUUUCAAUCAUGCAAACCGAUUGUAUAUUUGUGCGUGAUGUUGUGCUCUAAAUAUUAUUAUUAUGACAAUGAUUAUUUACAAAAAACUUCAAAUGGUUUCAGAGGUAGGAUAGUUCA